AUGAAGCUUUUGAGACGCUCAACAAAGCUCUAUUUUAAGGGCGACUUCACAUUACAGCCCUAGUAAAUAAAAAUUGUAACAAACUUGGUAGUUUUUUGGUUAUGAAUUGCAUUAGAAUCAAGGUCAGAAUAGUAAAACUGUAGAAGAGAAUUCUUUUAUUGAACUCAAGUUCAAAGAAACAGUAUAUUUACGUUAGUUAUAAAAAACAUUAGGUCAACGACCGCUGCUGAAUUUCUCCCAACUUGUCAAUGUGAACGUAACUUAAAAUUUUCAUCGAGGUUGACCACAAAACUGAAAGUUUAGUUCCUCGCCUACUUCCGGGUCGUAUGCAAGUUUACGAUUGAAUCCCGGGUGUGGUUCAGGGUAAAAGUAGUGUUCUCUGGCUUUUCUACUAAUUUUACAUAUUGGCUAACUGCUAAUUAUAUUAACCUUUAUAAACUGGUUAGCACUUUGCACAUACAAGCACAGCCAGUUUCUGCGGUGCCAUCUCAAUGAGCUGACGGCGGCACAGGUUGAAGCUGCCAGCCGUCAAUAGGCUCUGUGUAAACGGUCGAGUGUGAGACUAUUCCCCGGCCGUGGCGGACCCCCGCCGGGCCAUGAGCGCCGUCUGAGGAGAGUGCCGCCGGUGUGACCCGUUCGGUGCUCCGCGCGCGCCACCAUGCCCGUCUCGGACGACAUUCUGCCGCGGUACCAGCGGCUGCCGGGCGGCAACGGCGGCCGGCCGUUCCGCUGCCGCGAGACGCACCUCUUCUUCGCCAUCGGCGCCACCAUCCUCAUCAUCUGCUUCGGCACCAUCUUCUUCAUGCCGGACCUGAGCGAGAGCCUGCGGCGCAUGGAGAGCCUGAGUCGGGUGCAGAAACAGGUGCGCGACACGGCCGAGGGCUUCCUGCUGCCGCCGCCGCCGCACGCCGAGCCGGACGCGGUCGGUGCCGCUCCGCCGCGCCACGCCGGCCAGAUCGAGGACCCGCACCUGGCGCAGGACCGGCAGAAGCUGUACGAGAAGGUGCGCUCGGCGGGCGGACUGCCGCCUCCACCCCUGGCCAAGCCGCGGCAGGGCGCCGCCGCCGCCGACGCGCCUGCCGACGCCGGCGAUGCCGAUAAUGUGGAUGUGGACGAGCCGCUGCCUGCGGCCGCGGCGGCUGCCGUGCCCGGCGCGGGGACCAACAAGCGCGCUCUGCCCGAGGGGGAGGACAGCGACCCCGUGAUGCGCCAGCGGCGGGAUACGAUCAAACAGAUGAUGCAGCACGCGUGGAAGGGUUACGCGACGUACGCGUGGGGCUCCAACGAGCUGCGACCGGUGAGCAAGCGCGGCCACUCGGCGGGCAUCUUCGGCAACCGUCCCAUGGGUGCCACUAUUGUCGACGCCAUGGACACGCUCUACAUAAUGGGCAUGGACGCCGAGUUCGAGGAGGGUCGCCGAUGGAUCGCCGAUCACCUAGAUGUCAGCAAAAUGGACUCUGAGGUGUCCAUAUUCGAGAUGAACAUCCGCUACGUGGGCGGCCUGCUCUCCUGCUACGCGCUCACGGGCGAUACGAUGUUCCGCGACAAGGCGCUCGCCAUCGCGCACGCCAUGCUGCCCGGCUUCAACACGCCCACCGGCAUCCCGUACAGCCUGGUGGUGCCCACCACUGGCCGCGCCAAGAACUACGGCUGGGCUUCGGGCGCCAGUUCGAUUCUCUCCGAGUUCGGCACUUUACACAUGGAGUUCAGCUAUCUCUCGGACGUCACUGGAGAGCCAGAGUACAGGAAGAAAGUGGAGCGAAUCCGACAGGUGCUCAACGGACUGGAGAAGCCCAACGGACUCUACCCCAACUACCUGAACCCCAAGACGGGCAAAUGGGGACAGCGUCACGUGUCGACGGGCGCGCUGGGCGACUCGUUCUACGAGUACCUGCUGAAGGAGUGGCUCCGCUCCGGCCGUCGAGACACCGAGGCCCUCACCAUGUUCAGACACGCCAUCGGCAACAUCACCGAGCGAAUGCUGAAGAAGUCCAAGGUGUCCGGUUUGACCUACCUGGCCGAGGUGCAGUACGAGCGGCCUAACCACAAGAUGGACCAUCUCGCCUGCUUCAUCGGUGGCCUGUACGCACUGGCCGGUGUCACGGACAAGAACAAGGAUUCGGCGCGGUACAUGGAGAUUGGUGCCGAGAUCACCAACACGUGCCACGAGUCGUACGACCGCACCGCCACCAAACUGGGGCCGGAGAACUUCAGAUUCUCCGACGCCAUCGAGGCGAAGGCCAUGAAACUGCAGGAGAAGUACUACAUCCUGCGUCCGGAAGUCAUCGAGAGCUACUUCGUCCUGUGGCGGCUCACGGGCGACCCCAAGUACCGCGAGUGGGGAUGGGAGGCCGCGCAGGCUAUUGAGAGGUACUGUCGAGCCGAGGCCGGCUACUCGGGUAUACAGAAUGUGGACUCCACCAGUCCACGACAGGACGACGUGCAACAGAGCUACUUCCUCGCAGAAACGCUCAAGUACCUGUACCUGCUGUUCAGCGACAACAGCCUGCUGCCGCUUGACCAGUGGGUACUGAACACGGAGGCGCACCCGCUGCCGAUCCGCGGCGUCAACCCCUACUACCGGCCGCACGUGGGCGACUAACACCGUGACCAGCUAGCGCCAGUGACCGCCCGCACGGCGGACCAGUCUUCGAAGGGACGUUGAGACGCCCGGAGGUCGAUGGGACGGCUCGGGUCGGUCAGACUCACUGUUUGGAAGCGCCUGGGAUUGGUAAGACACUUCAUCAGGUGUGAGACAAAGUGAGGUUGAAAGUGAGCUUGGUGAGUGUCGUUGGGAGUGAGAGUGAGCCGAAUAUUGCGACGGACAGACAGAGCCGAGCUUUUGAGAGACGUUGGGAAGCGGCAAUGGCGCCGAGACGUGUUCGGAGCCAGUGGACGGGACGCCGGCGGAGCGGGUGGGGUGUGCCUGGGAAGAGCAGGUGAGGGGAGAGUGAGGGGUCUGGCUAGAGAGAGUGAGGGGCUGCUCGCGGUGAGUGGACCCUGUCAGCUCAGUUAAGGGGGUGGCGGUCGGGGCAGAGCUGGCCGGCGGUGCUGAUGGGGAGCCAGUGCUGGUUGCUGGGUUUGUGAGCGAGUCACAAGAGACAGAUGGAGAGGAGGGGAGGGGAGGGGGCAGAAGGAUGGUGUCUUGGUUCGCAGAUGGAUGUGGCAGACGAGCUGAGCUCUGCUAGCGAUGCACGUAUGCUUGUGAUACUGGACCGAACCCGUAGGUAUGUCAGCCCGUGGUCUGGCAGGAUUGUAGGUCCGUGUUCCCGAGUUUCAUCGGACGGGGUUAAGGGUAGGCGUGGCACCGCUGGCUGCGCAUUGCGGGCCAUGACGACAGAAUGCCGAACGGCAGUAACGAUAGUAUUGUUCAAGUUUUCCGAUACUGAAAUCGUGUUUUCCAUUGGAGACUAGGUGCGUGUGGCGUUGGCCAAUUGUCCUAAGGUCUUACGCUAUUAUAGAUGGUGUUAUAGUGAUGUGAUGUGCUUCUCUAUUUAACCCCACUCGUUCUGGGAAAAUGGUCUGAAGUAACUGACUACGAGUGUUCUGGUUCGCUCUGAACCGAUGUAGAAGUAUGUAGCGACCUAUCGCCUCGCGAUAUUGGCUGAAUUCCGCGGGACUCUGCUCCCGGAGUCCGCCAGCCGCCUUUACAGGCGAUUUGAGCGCUUCGCUGGUGUCCAGCCGUCGUCUCCCCUGUGUUCUGUGCGUGCUGUGGGCGGGACGCAGUGAUAUUCUAACUACAUGUGGUCGCCUUCCGAGGAUUUAGCUGUUGUUGACAAGGCGGCGGGCGCGCUCGUGCGCCGCCGCCGCCGCACAGUAUAUCGUCUCGCGGUGAUGUUGGGUGUGUGUUAGACCGACCGGGUCCGUCGAUCUGAGCGACGCCAGGUGCUGCGCACCGCGCCGGGCUCCAGCCAGCUCCGACGGCGCUGAUAGGUAAUUGUUGUUGGAGCACUGUUGGUGUAUUGUUUGCACGUAGCGUCGAGCGUCCAGCCGCACGUGGUCACCUGUUUUUAUUGCAAUAAAACCGUUUUGUCGUGCGGGGA